UCUAUAAAUAGAGGAUCGGUGCCAUUAACAUUCAUCAUCAUCACCCACAGCACAGAGACACACACAAAAAACCCAUAAAAAAAUAUGGCAAAUAUCUCCAGUAUUCACAUUCUCUUCCUCGUGUUCAUCACAAGCGGCAUUGCUGUUAUGGCCACAGACUUCACUCUAAGGAACAAUUGCCCUACCACCGUCUGGGCCGGAACUCUCGCCGGUCAAGGACCCAAGCUCGGCGAUGGAGGAUUUGAAUUGACUCCAGGUGCUUCCCGACAGCUCACGGCUCCUGCAGGAUGGUCAGGCCGGUUCUGGGCUCGUACAGGCUGCAACUUUGACGCCUCCGGAAACGGUAGAUGUGUAACCGGAGACUGUGGCGGUCUAAGAUGUAACGGCGGCGGAGUUCCUCCCGUCACUCUGGCUGAAUUCACUCUAGUAGGCGAUGGCGGCAAAGAUUUCUACGAUGUGAGCCUCGUAGAUGGUUACAAUGUCAAGCUGGGGAUAAGACCAUCCGGAGGAUCGGGAGAUUGCAAAUACGCAGGCUGUGUCUCUGACCUCAACGCGGCUUGCCCCGACAUGCUUAAGGUCAUGGAUCAGAACAAUGUCGUGGCCUGCAAGAGUGCCUGUGAGAGGUUUAAUACGGAUCAAUAUUGCUGCCGUGGAGCUAACGAUAAGCCGGAAACUUGUCCUCCCACGGACUACUCGAGGAUUUUCAAGAACGCUUGCCCUGACGCCUAUAGCUACGCUUAUGACGACGAAACGAGCACCUUCACUUGUACCGGAGCUAACUACGAAAUCACUUUCUGCCCUUAAAAACCGAAGCUUCGAGUUAGAUACAGUCGGGUUUAAUUAUCUCUCACGUUUCUUUUGCUUAUUAUGUACGGAAAGAUAAAUAAGGAAAGCUGAUGACUAUGAAUCAUCGUCUUCCACUUUUAAGCUUUUUUAGUGAGUAUUAGUCAGUUGUUACACUCAGCUGAUUUGUUUACAAAGAAAUAAAACAAAAUGAUUGAUCUACGGAUACUUAUCUAUUGCAUUCCAUGCUGUGUAAGUGAGAGAUCAUGUAUCUUUCUGUUCGAAACGGAAUUUUGAACGUUCUUUACCAAA